ACAUGAACAAUUUCCGCGAACGAACCGACUUCCGCAGAUCCCCCUGUAGAUUUCCAAGCCUGCCAUGUAUUUCCUAAACUUUUGAUCCUAAAAGCGUUCCCAUAAUCAGAAGAAGAAACAGUCAACUCAAGCCAAAGCACCGAGGCAGAUACAGGCAAGAAAGAGUCGGAAAACAUCUGCUGUGUUAUUAUAGUGUUGUACAUACUUUUAUUUUUUCAACCGACAUACAUACUGUUACAUAUAUUCAGUAUUACAUAGGUGCCUUAAGGACACUACAUAAGCGACUUUUAGAAUACUUGUAGAAUAUUUGUGAAGAAAGAAUACGGUCAAUGAAAUACUAAUAGCGAUACUACAAUACAAUAUCUGGUAGUUUGAGCUCGUAUCGAGCAGUCGAAAGCAGAAACAGAGCCAGAAGUUCACGAACCUCUCUAAUAAAUGUGUAGUUGUUAAUAAUACAAUAUUAUUGUGGUGUGUGCAUUUAUUAUUAUGGUCGAGUGAUUGCGUAUAUAUGCUUAUAUAUAGCACUCGAACUCCUGCACUUACGGGGGUGGAUCUGACUAACUUUCUAUAUUUUAAGCGGGUGGGAGGUUGUAACUGAAUCAUGGAAGGGUGCUUAUCUUUGGCAAAAAGUUUACUUUUAUACUUUGGAUUAAUUACAUUAAUUAAGUCCGUUUUAAAUCAACAUUUAGUCAAUGAAUAUGUUGGUGGGGCAGCAAGAGCACGAAAUUGGGGGAACAUUAAUAAAGGAUAUGUCCCUGUAGAACCCCAUCCAUGUGAGCAAAGUUCGUGUUACCCAGCCACAGGUAAUUUACUUAUAGGUAGAGAGAAACAACUUAGCGCGUCUUCAACUUGCGGUCUUUAUGAGCAACAACGAUAUUGUAUUGUGUCUCACUUGGAAGACCGAAAGAAAUGCUUUUGGUGCGAUUCACGUCCAUCCAAAAUCAUGAAACCACAUUUAAACCACAGUAUACAAAACGUUGUUUAUAGAUACUACCCAGGAACAAAACUAAAGUCGUGGUGGCAGUCAGAAAAUGGCAAAGAAAAUGUUUCGAUUCAACUUGAUCUAGAAAAGGAGUUUCACUUUACCCAUUUAAUUAUGACUUUUAAAACGUUUAGACCAGCAGCUAUGUACAUAGAAAGGUCUUACGACUUCGGAAAAACAUGGAAGGUAUAUCGGUAUUUUGCGCAUAAAUGUGCGGACAGUUUUCCAGGAAUUCCAGAAAGAUAUUCGCAAAAUCUAACAGACGUUAUUUGCGAAUCCCGAUAUUCAAAUGUGGCACCCUCGACAAACGGAGAACUUAUUUUUAGAGUUCUUCCACCUAAUAUGCAUAUCGACAAUCCCUAUUCCGAAGAAGUUCAAAACUUACUAAAAGUUACUAAUCUUCGGAUCCGAUUUGUAAAACUCCAUACUCUAGGUGACGAUUUGCUGGAUCCACGCGAAGAAAUACAGGAAAAGUACUACUACGCAGUAACCGAUAUGGUAGUACGGGGUUCCUGUUCUUGUUACGGUCAUGCCAACCGCUGUUUGCCCUUACCGGGAAUGGAAACUAAACCGGACAUGGUACAUGGUAGAUGCGAGUGUACUCAUAACACAAAAGGAUCAAAUUGCGAAGAAUGCGAAGACUUUUUCAACGAUCUACCCUGGAGACCUGCCAUUGGAAAGCAAACAAAUGCCUGCAAAAGGUGUAACUGUAAUAACCAUGCAACGAGUUGCCACUUUGAUCCUGCGGUUUAUGAACAAACUGGUAGAAUAAGUGGAGGAGUUUGUGACGGUUGUCGUCACAACACGAUGGGCCCCAACUGCGAACAGUGCAAACCAUUCUACUACAGGGACCCCUUAAGAGACAUCCAAGACCCAGAAGUGUGCAGACCUUGCGAUUGUGAUCCUGUGGGGUCGACGGAUGCGGGUGCGUGUGACUCCACCACGGACCCUAUAAACGGACUAGAAGCUGGUAAAUGUCAUUGUAAAACGAACGUCGAAGGUCGACGUUGCGACUACUGUAAAAACGGAUUUUGGAACUUUACAUCCGACAAUCCCGAUGGUUGUCAACCGUGCACGUGCGACAUUUUGGGAACAAUAGGUAAUCAAGGAUGUAACGCGUAUUCAGGAGAGUGUACUUGCAAAAGAUAUGUAAAGGGAAGAAACUGUGACCAGUGUUUGCCAGAAUAUUGGGGACUUUCUGAUAAACGGGACGGUUGCCAGGCGUGCGAUUGCGAUCCUGGUGGUUCGUACGAUAACAACUGCGAUGUUAUAACUGGUCAGUGUAAAUGUAGGGAACACAUGACGGGACGUCAGUGCGACAUUGCACAACAGCAACACUUCACAGCUUCUCUGGACUUCCUGCUAUACGAAGCCGAAUUAGCCCAAGGAUCUGCUACAUGCCAGGUGGUUAUUCGUGAACCAUACAGAGACGGCAGACCUCCGUCAUGGACUGGUACAGGAUUUAUGAAAGCGCCUGAAGGAUCUUAUAUAGAAUUCCAAAUAACCAACAUUAAAACGUCCAUGGAUUACGAUAUCGCAAUAAGGUAUGAGCCAACCCUUCCCGAAAAUUGGAACGAUGUGACCCUUACGGUAAUACGACCGGAUCCGAUAGAUCCCCAAGGUCCUUGUGCGUCUACACAUCCUUCAGAUGACACUAAAAGGGUUUCUUUGCCUUCUAAUUCACGCAGCGCAAUUGCGUUCCCACCAACGUGUUUGGAAGCCGGGAAGUCGUACAUAGUUCGAAUUGAUUUCAACAAUUACAAAUACGGCACCUCAACACCUUCGGCGUCAAUUCUCGUUGAUUCUAUUGUUCUUGUACCUCGAAUUGAAAAAAUCCCCUGGUUCCAAGGAUCAGUGCCAGCUGAAGCACGUAGGCGAGAAUAUGAAGAACAUCGUUGUGACAUCGCUUUAGAAAACCCCAACAUACCCCUUUCGGAGGUGUGCAAACAGCAUCAUAAGAGUAUUGGAGCGUACAUCUUCAAUGGAGCAUUUUCUUGUCAAUGUGACCCAACUGGAUCUACCAGCAAAUUGUGUAACGAUCAUGGAGGAGCUUGUAGCUGCAAACUGAACGUUGUGGGAAGACGUUGUGAUCGUUGCGCGCCAGGAACUUACGGUUUUGGUCCCGAAGGAUGUAAAGCUUGUGACUGUAACAGUAUUGGUGCUCUAAAUAACUUUUGCAAUGUCACAACCGGUCAAUGUAAAUGUAGAUCGAAUACUUAUGGGCGCGAGUGUGAUCAAUGCCGUACAGGAUUCUGGAAUUUCCCUAAUUGCGAACGAUGCGACUGCAAUGGGCAUGCAGAUAUAUGCGAUUCUAGGACCGGAGUUUGUAUAGACUGUAAAGACCAUACCGAAGGACAUCAUUGCGAUUAUUGUAAAGAAGGAUUUUAUGGCGAUCCGAGGAUCGGAUUCGACAUUCCUUGCAGACCCUGUCCUUGCCCUGGGUUUAAAGAGGCAUUCCACUCCUUUGCUGACAGGUGUAUAUUAGAUUCACAGACCAAAGAUGUGGUUUGUGAAUGCAAGGAAGGUUACGCAGGAUCAAAGUGUGACGUCUGCGCCGAUAAUUAUUACGGAAAUCCUGAGAUUCCGGGCGGUUCGUGUCAACUUUGCGACUGUAGCAAUAAAAUUGAUCCUCUAGUCCCUGGUAAUUGCGAUCCUCAUACAGGAAAAUGUCUUAGAUGCCUUUAUGAUACUACCGGUGAUCACUGCGAGAUUUGUCGAGAUGGAUUCUUCAGGCUUUCAAUCGACGAUAACUGCCAACCCUGCACAUGUCAAUUUUUGGGUACCAAUGAAACUGCUGGUCCUUGUGAUCGGGAAACUGGUCAAUGUAAAUGUCUACCAAAUGUUAUCGGCAAGGAUUGCGAUAAAUGCGAAAAGAACCACUGGAAGAUUGCUAGUGGUAAAGGCUGUGAACCUUGCGACUGCGAUCCUUUGGGUUCCAUGAAUCCUCAGUGUAAUGAAUAUGAAGGUCAAUGUUUGUGUAAGGAGAACUUUGGAGGAAGACAGUGUAAUGAGUGCAGAGAAAACUAUUGGGGAAAUCCUAGAGAAGACAAAUGUAUCGAAUGUCUUUGUAAUCCAGAGGGAUCAAAAACGCCUCAAUGUGACAGAAAAACUGGUAACUGUGUUUGUCGUGAAGGAAUUGGAGGACGAUCUUGUGACGAAUGCGCUAGGGGAUAUUUGGGUACCGCACCCUAUUGUUCGCCUUGCGGCGAAUGUUUCGACAACUGGGACCGUAUUUUGAAGGAACACGAAAAUAAAACAUUGCAUAUUAUUGAAAGGGGAAAGAACAUUAAAAAAAUUGGGGCAACUGGAGCGUAUACCAAAGAAUUUGACGAAAUGCAAAAUCAACUGGACGAAAUUGAACAACUUCUUAACAGUACCACAAACAUAGACAUCGAUCAGAUAGAAGACAAAAUUAACAAUCUAGCAAAUCAAAUUCAAGACGCGAAAGGGGAAAGUCCCGAUGAACUCCUGAACAAUGUCACAAAAGACAUUAAGCUUUCUGAAAUAAAAUUGAAUGAAUUAAGGAAAGACAUGGAAAAAUUAGUUGCUCAAACCCAAGAAUUAAGGAAUAAUGGUACCACACUUCAAGAAGCAGAUGUCCAAGGGGCUUUAAAUUUAGUUCGUAUGGCUAAAGAUAAAGCCGCAACAGCAGCACACAAGGCUGAACACACACAGUCGAUAGUGGAUUAUGCGGAAAGACAAUGUAAAGCAGCAGAGAACUUGGUAAAUGUAACAGAAGCAGAAUUCAAAAGAAUGCAACAGGAAAACGAACAAGCACUUGAUAGAAUUAAAGAAAAUAUAACAAAUUUAAAUAAUAUGAUACCGGAAUUAAAUAAACUUGUAUGUGAUGGUACCAGCAACAGUCCUGAUGAUUCGUGCGACUCCAUAUGUGGGGGUGCUGGAUGUGGCAGUUGUGGCGAAAGUGUUUCUUGUCAGGAUGGCGCAAAACAACAAGCUUUGUUCGCUCUCAGCUAUGCAAAUGACACAGAAAAGACGUUAAAGGAAAAGGAAGAAGCAGCCGAAAAGUUUUUCCGAAAUAUAAGCCAAUUGAACACCACGCAAGCUAAGAAUUCGGCCCAAGAGACUCUCGAUAAAGCAAAUAAAUUAUAUUCCAAUUUCAAUAAUUCACUACAAGCUGUAAAUAAUAUAAAGAAACAGAUUGACGAUUUUAUUAAUCAAAACAAUUCUACUCCUGACGAGAUAAGACAACUAGCCGAAAAGGUCCUUAAAAAAGACAUCAAUUUAACAAAAGAAGAAAUUCAAACUCUUCAAAAGAAAAUUCAGGAAGCUCUUGAAACAUUAACGAAUCCAGAUAAGAUUAUAUUAGAAACAAGGGAUGACUUACAAAGAGUUCACAAAUUAAAGGAAGAUGCCGAUAACGCAAAAGCUAAGUCAAGCGACAUUUUAAAAACUGCAGAAGGAAUUAAAGAAGCUUUGCUGAACAGUAGCGUUGCGCAAAAUGAUGCAGAUGAAGCAAUAACAGACGCAAAUAAAAAUAUUGACACAGUUCACGAACUAUUAACAAAGAUUGGUGCUAUCGCCGAAGAAGCUCACAAUAAGACACAAGAAACCAGUGGCAAUAUAAAAGAUCUUUCGCGAAACCUUACAGAUCUUCAAAAUAACAUGAGAAAUAACGAAAGAUUCGCCCAACGUGUUAUCGAGGAGGCUGCCAAAGUACAUCAAGAGGCGAAUCACACAAACAAAACGGCUAAUGAGCUUCUUAAUAGGUAUGAUAAUAUUAAAUACAUGUUAUCAAACACUUCUAGGGUUAUUGAAGAUUCAAAAGUGAAGGCUAAUGAGCUGUCUGAGAGAGCCUACAAUAUAACACAUAAAAUUGAAUCGACAGAGUCUGAAAUUAAACAGCUAAUUAGUAGCUCGUCUGAUCAGUUAUUAAAGAAUCUAGAAAACGAGAUCGAUCAACUUAUUAAUCGAAUGCAUGCCUAUAGUGCCGUAAUUGAAGAAAGGCACAAUCAUUACAAGUCGUGCACUUAGUAUGUGUAGUAUUUAGGUAGUUUUAUACGUUAAUUUGUAUUGACGAUGUCUCUGUGCCAUUUAAUUAAGUUUUUUAUAAUGUGGAUAUUCAACUAAUUUUUUAUAGUUUA